AUGGGAACCUCAGUUGGGUUGAGGCAUUGGCCUCAACUCAUUUAUGCAAUUGCAUUUUUCUUAAUUGCAAGCAGUGUUGCGGCUGAUGAUGAUGAUGAUAAGCCUUACUAUGAAAGCCAACCAAAAAAUUACUAUCCAACACCAUCAAGUCAUGGACAACAACCACCAUAUUAUUUCAAACCACCUCCAUAUUACUACAAGUCUCCACCUCCACCAUCUCCUUAUGUCGACAAAUUUCCUCCAUAUUACUAUAAAUCUCCACCUCCUCCAUCACCAUCCCCGCCACCACCUUAUGUCUAUAAAUCUCCUCCACCUCCGUCACCCUCUCCUCCCCCACCAUAUAUUUAUAAGAGUCCACCACCACCCUCUCCAUCACCACCGCCUCCAUAUGUUUAUAACUCACCACCACCUCCUUCCCCUUCACCUCCUCCGCCAUAUAUCUACAAAUCUCCACCCCCACCAUCCCCAUCCCCACCACCUCCGUACGUUUAUAAGUCUCCACCCCCUCCAUCACCUUCACCCCCUCCACCAUAUGUCUACAAGUCUCCUCCUCCACCAUCCCCUUCUCCUCCACCACCAUAUGUUUAUAAGUCACCACCACCUCCAUCCCCUUCACCUCCUCCUCCAUAUGUCUACAAGUCACCACCUCCACCUUCUCCAUCUCCACCACCUCCAUACGUCUAUAAGUCCCCACCCCCACCAUCACCUUCACCCCCUCCACCAUAUAUAUACAAGUCUCCACCUCCACCAUCUCCAUCUCCACCACCUCCAUAUAUUUAUAAGUCUCCUCCUCCGCCAUCUCCUUCACCACCACCCCCAUACGUGUACAAUUCUCCACCGCCUCCAUCCCCCUCUCCUCCACCCCCAUAUCUCUAUAAGUCACCACCUCCACCAUCUUCAUCCCCACCACCUCCAUAUGUUUAUAAGUCUCCUCCUCCUCCUCCACUUUCACCUCUUCCACCAUACGUCUAUCAAUCUCCACCUCCACCAUCACCUUCACCUCCUCCUCCAUAUGUCUACAAGUCACCACCUCCACCAUCCCCUUCACCACCUCCUCCAUAUGUUUACAAGUCUCCACCACCACCUUCCCCUUCUCCUCCUCCACCAUACUAUUAUAAGUCCCCUCCUCCUCCUUCUCCUUCACCUCCCCCUCCAUAUGUGUACAAAUCCCCCCCUCCACCAUCCCCUUCACCCCCACCUCCAUAUGUUUACAAAUCUCCACCUCCGCCAUCUCCUUCACCCCCUCCUCCCUAUGUCUAUAAGUCACCACCACCUCCUUCACCUUCACCACCUCCUCCAUAUGUUUACAAGUCUCCACCACCACCUUCCCCUUCUCCUCCUCCACCAUACUAUUAUAAGUCCCCUCCUCCUCCUUCUCCUUCACCUCCCCCUCCAUAUGUGUACAAAUCUCCCCCUCCACCAUCCCCUUCACCCCCACCUCCAUAUGUUUACAAAUCUCCACCUCCGCCAUCUCCUUCACCCCCUCCUCCCUAUGUCUAUAAGUCACCACCACCUCCUUCACCUUCACCACCCCCUCCAUACUACUACAAAUCUCCACCUCCACCUUCUCCAUCGCCUCCUCCACCAUAUGUCUACAAGUCACCACCACCACCUUCACCUUCACCACCACCUCCUUAUAUUUACAAGUCUCCACCUCCACCAUCUCCAUCACCUCCUCCAUAUCAUCCCUACCUCUAUAACUCACCCCCACCUCCAGUCUAUUAA